AUGAAAAUAAUCCCAAAAACACUUUCUUUAUUAAUAUGCCUAAGAGCGAUGACUUUAAAUUUUUUAAUGUCUGAUCAAGACAUUCAUCCAAAUAAAUUCAGUGAAUUCCGAAGCAAAUACAAAUACUACAUCGAUUCAUAUAAUGCAUUGUAUCAGUUAAAAACGGAAAAUGAAGAAGAUUUAAACUCGAUUUACAAAAUGAUCAAGACAGAAUUGAUUGAUUCAAAGAAACAUCUUCCCCAAAAUAUCAUUAAAGAUAUUUUGGAAAUCAUAUAUUAUAAUAACCGCUAUACAAAGUCAUACUUGGAACUUGCCAAACAUAUAAUUGAUGAUUAUAAUGUUACAGAGAUCAAAAAUAUCAGUUCUACUUUAAACUUCUAG